GUUGCCCUAAGGUCACUUCCUCGACCGGCGCGCGCGAGAACACUUCAGCAAGCAUGCUCUACAGAAUCGUCGCAGUGGCUGCGCUCGUAGCGGUCCAGGCUGCGGCCAGCCGCGGGCUGUGCUACGGCUGGAGGCACCCCGCGCCCUGGGGGUGGCACUGGGGGUGGCAGCACCAGCCCGGGCCGGAGGCCGGCGGCGGCGACGAUGUGAGGGCCCCCGGAGACCCCGCCGCGCCGCCAGAAGCUGCCGCGGCCUCUUCGUCCAGCACGGCGGAGGCCGGCUCCAGCGCCGACACUGCGCCGGGAGAGGUCGCCGACGUGACUGCGUCGUCCUCCAGCUCCUCCGCCGCCAGCGCCGCUGACGGACCCGCCGGCGCGUCUGCCGCCAGCUCUUCUUCUGCGUCUUCCUCCGCAGCCGAGGCUCCCGACGACGUGGCUCGUCCCUUUCACGGCCAUCCGUGGUGGCACCCCGCCCGCCAGGACGCCAGUUGCUCGGCCGCCGAGGUCUUCCCCGGCCACCUGUGCGGGGGCUGCGGCUACCCCUGGGUCCCCGCCUGGCCGUUCCCGUGGCUCGGGGCGGGCGUCGUGGCGUGGUGACCCCUGACCUGCCCUCCUCCUGGGCUGCCCCUGGUCCGUGUCCAAGCAUCGCUCGCUGUCUCGCCAACUACGGAAAACUAGUUCUCUGGAAUAUUCAGCCAAGUGUGUUCUUGACAGUGCUGUACACUUGCAAAAUUUAUCUUCCCUAAUAAAUAUGUGUGGUUAU